ACUGCUACAGUGUGCGGCGCACAGGAGAGAGGUGACGCUCCCCAACCCACAGACACAGAGUACAAGGAGCGACGGACAGAGUACAGUUUAAUCUUCCACGCCCGCUCUCUGCUAAACUUGAUCCUAAAGUUAGCAUUUUAAGAUGUUUAAUGGCGCUUCUUUAUUUUUACUUCGAUGGGUUCUGCCCACACAAGUCCGCUUAGAUAGAACCUAGGCAUUUUUUUUUAUUCUAUUGAUCAAGAAGUCUCCAGAUUCCCAGCUGCGGAGAUAUGUGCAAAAGAGGAGGCGAUCGGAGCAGUGCACGGACUGUAUUUCGUCCACAGAAGGAAAGCGUGGAAUAAACACGAAUUAAUGUGGAAUUUAUUGGAGCCCAAAGCUGGAAGGACGACUGGACACAGCGCUUCCGUAUCAGGGACUGACCAUGGUCGCCGUGUUUCGUUCUCUCAUCUUACUGCUGCUGGCUCAGGUGUUGCUAGGAGGUGCUGCGGGACUUAUCCCCGAGGUCGGCCGGAGGAAGUACAGCGAGUCCGGGAAGCAGAGCCCGGAGCAGUCUGAGAACUUUCUUAACGAGUUUGAGCUGCGGCUCCUCAAUAUGUUCGGACUUAAACGGAGGCCGAACCCGAGCAGGCAGGCUGUGGUGCCCCAGUACAUGGUGGACCUGUACCGUAUGCACUCGGUGAACGGAGACCACAGCACAAAACGGCCCCGGAGCAUGGGGAGACACGCAGAGAGAGCCGCCAGCAAGGCCAACACGAUUAGAAGCUUUCACCACGAAGAAUCCAUGGAGGCUCUGGCAAGUCUGAAGGGCAGGACCACCCAGCAGUUCUUCUUCAAUCUCACCUCCAUCCCUGGAGAAGAGCUCAUCACCUCUGCAGAGCUCCGGGUCUACAGGGACCAGGUCCUGGGGGCCACAGCAGCUCCCACCAGUAACACCAGUCACAACAGCAGUAACCGCUCCAGUACCAAUACCAGUACCAGUGUUGGUGGCAUCCAUCGCAUCAACGUGUACGAGGUGUUUGGAGCCCCUGCAUCUCCCCGUGGGGAACCCCUGACGCGCCUCCUGGACACUCGGCUGGUGCAGGAUUCUCUGAGCCGCUGGGAAAGCUUCGACGUCAGCCCCGCCGUGUCCCAGUGGUCCUCCGGGAGGAGCCACAACCACGGAUUCAUGGUGGAGGUGUUCCACCCAGACACCCAGGGGGGCGAGGAGGCCCAGAGACAGAGCAGGCACGUCAGGGUGAGCCGCUCCCUCCACGAGGACCAGGACUCAUGGCCCCAGGCUCGACCCCUGCUGGUGACCUACAGUCAUGACGGGCGGGGGAACGCGGUGCUGCACAGGGACAAGAGACAGGCAGCAGGCCACAGGAAACAGAGGAGGAAGCAUCAACACAAGGCCAACUGCCACAGACACGAACUCGACGUGGACUUCAGCGAAGUGGGCUGGAACGAGUGGAUAGUGGCGCCCCCUGGCUACCAUGCCUUCUACUGCCACGGGGUAUGUCCCUUCCCAUUGGCCGACCACCUCAACUCUACCAACCACGCCAUCGUUCAGACUCUGGUCAACUCUGUGAACUCCAACAUCCCCCGGGCGUGCUGCGUGCCCACAGAGCUCAGCCCCAUAUCUCUGCUCUAUCUGGAUGAGUAUGAGAAGGUCAUCCUCAAAAACUACCAGGAUAUGGUGGUGGAGGGAUGUGGCUGCCGUUGAGACAUACAGAGAGAGAGAGAGAAAGAGAGAGGGAUGGGAUAAAGGGAUGGAGACUGAGAAAGACAUAGAGUGUGAGGUUAUAUGGACACCCGGUUUCUCAAUGAAAAUGUUUUAUUUAUAUGAAAGAAAAGACACAAGCAGAGAUAUUUUGGGAGAAGAAGAAAAAAAGAACUAUAUAUGAAUAUAUUUAUGUCUAGUUAAAGUUGGGAAAAAUAAAUAUUUUACUCGGAGGAAUAAUCCUUUACUGGUUUUGAAAAUGUAUAUCUGAUGUACAUUUCGAAUUGGGUGCAAUACCACAUGAAGUAUAAUGCUCAGAUUUUUAUUUUGUAUUUAUUUCUAUUGUAACCACUUUAUUUGUAAAUAAAUCAUGUGUAUUUAUCGUGAGAAAA